AUGGAAGGUCAUUUAGAAACUCCAUUUUUGAGUGCUAAAGGAGAGAGCUAUUCGGCGAGUGCUCUGAAAAGCGAUUUCUUCUCCAGAUUGCCUGAUAAGCUUCGAAGUGCUCUCGACCCCGACCUACCUUUUCACCUUGACUUCUCCAAAACUACUUCCCUGACUAAAGGGGAGAAAGAGUAUUAUGAAAAACAGUUGGCGACGCUGAGGUCUUUCGAGGAGGUUGAUUCUAGUGAAUCAUCCCAUGUGAUCGAGGACGAGCGAGUGCAUGGAGAACAAGUGCAGCGUGAGAGGGCAAUAAACAUAUCUAAUUGGACUAAUAUUUUGUUGCUUUGUUUUAAGGUAGUGGCAACAGUGAAGAGUGGGUCCAUCGCAGUUGCUGCAUCAGCACUAGAUUCUCUGCUAGAUCUGAUGGCUGGCGGUGUGCUGUGGUUCACGCACAUUUCCAUGAAAAGGACAAAUAUCUACGAGUAUCCCAUUGGCAAACUGAGAUUGCAACCAGUAGGCAUUAUCAUCUUCGCAGCUAUCAUGGCUACUCUGGGAUUUCAGGUGCUGAUUGAGGCUGUGGAACAAUUGGUCAAAGGCACACCAUCUGAGAAGAUGAACUCAGAUCAGAUGGUUUGGUUGUGCGUAAUCAUGCUGACAGCCACUGGAGCAAAACUUUUACUCUGGCUUUACUGUAGAAGCUCAGCAGACAAAAUAGUUCAUGCCUAUGCACAGGAUCACUUCGUUGAUGUGAUCACCAACGGACUGGGUCUGGCUGCUGCUGUGCUUGGCGAUAAAUUCUAUUGGUGGAUCGACCCCAUUGGUGCUAUUAUGCUCGCAGUCUAUACGAUCUCAAAUUGGUCCGGAACAGUACUUGAAAAUGCAGUUUCUCUGAUUGGACAAGCGGCUCCUCCACAAGUGUUGCAGAAACUGACAUACCUUGUUUUGAGAUACCAUUCUCAAAUCAAACGCAUCGACCCAGUCCGUGCUUACACUUUCGGAUUUUUGUACUUCGUUGAGGUGGACAUAGAACUACCAGAGGAUCUACCGCUGAAAGAAGGACAUGAGAUUGGAGAGUCAUUGCAGAUAAGGAUUGAAGAACUGCCAGAAGUGGAGCGAGCAUUUGUUCAUCUGGACACUGAAUGCGAUCAUAAGCCAGAGCACUUUAUUCUUACAGCGCUUCCCACCAUCCACGCAUCACACUAA